UACCUUCGACCAUGGAUUCGACUUUGAAUACCGUUGUUUGCAGUGUAUAAACAACAUAUGUUUGCUCUAUUAUUAUUGAGGGCUAAACGACGAGACUGAAAAUAAAUUCUUUACGGUCCAUCCGAUUAUUACGGCGCGAUCCCGAAAAAUCGAUGUUAAUAGGUACGCGAUACAUUAUAUAGGCAUACAUAUGUAGGCAUGUAUCCUGGACCACGACAAGACGAUGACAGCGAAAUAGUUCAAAGAAUUUUGGCGAACAAUCACCAUGCCUUUCAGUGGCCCAUGUACCACGAAAGAAACUUAAACCACACUAGAGAGAAAGGAAUCGAGCAACAGACUUUUAGAGAUAAUAUAAUUGGUAAUGGUCAACACCACAAUCAAUUGUACUAUCCACUUUCUUAUGGAACGGUAAGCGAAAAUGUUCAACAAGAACCACAUCAUUACAUGUACCAUCAAAUGAUAGCAAACGGUUUACUACCACCGCCAACACCAGUACCAUCAAUUAUACCUCCUUUAAUUUCAUCAUUACUACCUGAAUCAUAUUCACACUUCAUACAUCAUCCAUCCACAAUGAUAGAAUACAAUUCACAGCAGCAGCAACUACCACGAGCACUAACAAUAGGCAAUGCAAUUCAACAUUGCCAACAACAUAUAAAUUCUAAUGAAAAUAACAAUACAGCAGCUGCUGAAAUGAUAACAAAUGAUUCAUCAUCACGUUUUCGACGACUGCAUUUGAAAGAGAAUACUAUUGCCGCUGAUAUGACGUCCACUGUAAUCGUUAACAACGCUCGGUUAGGACAGCAACAGCGGCCAUCAAACAAAGAUGAAACGAUAGCUAAAACUAUAGUGACAAAGCAGACUAUGGAAGUAAACGAUGAUAAAGUGGUUUCUGUGUGCAAACGGACUAUAUUGUCGGCAAUAAAUAAAAUCAUUAUAGAUGACUAUGUUUCCGCCUUGUGCAAAUUGCGAAAAACCAUCAGGGUAUUGGACAUAUUGAUGUUUAACGAAGAAGGUAGAGUGAUCGGAUCUGCAAAAGUCGAAACCGUUAAGCCAUGGUUGGAAACUUUAAAAGACAUGGAGCAACGCAUUUCUUCGAAACACAAACAUCGCCAUGGCGAUGAUAACCGUUAUGAUGGAAGUAAUGUCAUUAAAAAAUGCAGAAAGUAAAUAUCACCAACAACCAUGUCAAAAAAACCAUUAUAAUAUAAGUAAUGGUAAUAACGUUAACAGAAUUAAUAAUUGUUACGAUGGAGAUAUUAGUUAUACCUGUAGCAGUAGUAAUGAAAAUUGUGGGAAUAUAAAUCACUUUUGUUGGAAAUCAAAUUCGAAGCGUUAUCGAACCACAGGCAAAUUAAUUACGAAGCAUCGCGGUAGAGAUCUAGGCUACCACCAUUACCGAUAAAACGAUUUAUAUUCAAACUUGAAAUAAUAAAAUAUGUGUUAAUAGAAUUAUAACUAAAAGAUUCGAUGUGUAUGAUAAACUUUAAUUUAUAUCGUAAAAAUAAGUUUGUUUUUCCAUGUUUAACCUACCUAUACAAGUCUUAUUUAAAUAUUUUAUUUUAUUUUACUAUUUGUUAAAUUUACGCAUUUUUGUAAUAAAUUUUGUAAGUUUAUUUGUAUUGUAAAUUUAAAUGAUUUGAUGUAUUUAUAUAUUGAAUAGUAUGUUGUAUUUUGUCAACCCAUACGUAGAAUAAUGACUACUUGUACUUUUACGUAGACUCAGCCUUCGGUUCUGCACACGGGCUACCUUUUUACUGUAAUUUGUAUAAUAAUAUCACGCAUAUAGAAUUAUAUUUCAUAACAAUAAUUAUAAAAUAUGUCUAGAAUCAAACUUUUUUUGAGCUUUUCAGUAAUUACAGGAAAAAAUUAUAAUCAAGUUAUGAAAUUACGAAAAUACAAAUUAUCAUAAAUUAUCUAUCUAGCACAUAGUUCGCAUAGAAUAUUUAUAAUUUCGCGACGUAAAAUAAAAAAUCUCCGAAUUUGAAUUUUGUUACGGACAAAUUUUGGUUAAUAUUUGCUCAAUAACUUUAUUUUAACCAAAAAUAUCGACAAUGGUGACAACAAUUAUAGAUAUAAUAACUUAAGAUAAUAUGUGGAGCGUGGAGUAAUGUAAAAUUAAUUAAAUUCAUAUUUAGAUUAUUUUAGGGAUUAAUAAUAUAAUAAUUAUAUUUAAGAUUAAUAUCAAUCGCGGAAAUGUG